AUGGCUUACCGGUUGCUGUCCUUGGCCCUCGCGGCCCCUCUUAUCACGCUCUCCGCGGCUGAGAGCACAUCUCGACGCUCUAUCACGUUUCAGGGUCCGCUCGAAGUAGAGCAUGGUGGUGCUCAGAACAUCAAUGUAUCUUACCAUGAGGAUGUCGACGGUGAGCUUACGAUCGUUUACGGCAACUGCGAUAUGACAUCGCUCGGCGAGGCCCAUCACCAGGUUGGCCGAACGCAUGUUGGCAGACACCCUCAUGCUAAACGACACGUCGACUGGCAAGCGCAGAGGCCGACCAAGUUUGUCUGGGUGGCACCCUCGAACGUUCCUGACGGAUGUCUUCACGCCUUCGUGGACGGACAGCUCGCAGGGCAGUCGCAGGAGCUGCGGGCUAAGAAGCGCAUGGUUCGUCGCAGACUGAGUUUCGCCGACGUCGCCGACCCCAUGGGACCUUGGUUUGAUGGCGUCGAAUACCUGCAGCAAAAGCAGCCGGACGAAGUGUUCGUGGCGCAGGUCAAGGACAAGAAAUUCGGCAUUCUGGGAGCCGGAAUCUCCGGUCUGUUCACAGCGCUCAUCCUCGACUCUGUCGGCAUCCACAACUGGAAAAUUCUCGAGUCCUCCCACCGUAUCGGAGGCCGCAUGCUGACGAGCUACCUGAAUGGCACGAGCCCGGACGAUGGCCAAUACCACGAACUGGGUCCCAUGCGUUUUGCAGACGAGAUCACUGACCCUACCACCAAUGAAACAUUCCCCAUCAUGGAUCAGCGUAUGAUCUAUCAAGUCGCCGAUGUUCUCAACAAAAUGAACGCAGGCAACGACUCGCUUCAAGUCAAGUUUAUCGACUGGAUCCAAACGGCCGCUAAUACGCCCGUGUCGACCACGAAGCGCCGACCCGAUGGCACAUUCCCCGGCAGGACGGAGAUCGCCACAAACCCUGCCUAUUUUGAGCCCGCUCAGUACUCCAACGCCACGGCUGUUGCUGAAGCUCAACAAGCGCUGGACGAUUUCAAGGGACUCACUCCAGAGCGCAUCAAGUUCUACGCUACCAACAUUUUCCAAGCACACAAGCAGGCCGUGGAGCAGGGCAUGUUUGACUUCUCCGAGGUCGAAUACCUCCGCCACGUUAUUGGUACCGAUCUCAACGUUACAGAUGAGGCGACGCCUUCGCAGGUUGUGUGGCCCAUGUGGGAGUAUGAGACCGUGUACUUCAUGGCCAAGAAGUGGAAGACCAUCAAGGGCGGGCUCAGCCGUAUGCCAGAAGCCUUCGCCCCGCUUGUGAAGGACCGUAUUCAAUUCGGAGCCAAGGUCCACGGCGUCAAGCACCACGCCGACAACAAGACGCUCACCAUCUCGUAUCGCCCGACCGGCAGCAACCCCCGCGAAGUUGUCUCCACCAGGGAAUCAUUUGACUACAUCUUCAACAGUGUGCCCUUCAACCUUCUCCGCUUCUGGGAGCUGCCUCCUCACUCAAGCCUCAUGCGCCGCGCCAUCGACCGCACCGUCUUUGACGGCUCUGUCAAGGUUGCCAUCCAGUACAAGACGCGCUUCUGGGAGCAUCUUGAGCACCCCAUCAUCGGCGGCUGCGGUCGCGUCAAUGUGCCCCUUAUCGGCCAGAUUUGCUACCCGUCAUGGGACAUCAACUCCACAGGCCCCGGUGUGCUGCUCGCGUCGUACGUCGCCUCGUACGACGCCACGGUCGCGUGCGCCAUGUCCGACGAGGAGCAUAUUGCCUACAUCCAGCGCGCCAUGGUCGACAUCCACGGCCCCGCAGCCGAGGAGAACUGGACGGGUAACUGGGAGAGACACUGCUGGGAGCACGAUGAGCACCACGCCGGGUCAUGGGCCGUGCCCAUCGUGCCGCAGCAGCAGCUGUACCUGCCGGCGUUCUUCCACACCGAGUUCAACACGGUCUUCAUCGGCGAGCACACGAGCUACACGCACUCGUGGGUGUUCAGCGCGCUGGAGAGCGCAACGAGGGGCUCGGUGCAGAUGCUGUUGGAUCUGGGACUGGUCGACGAGGCGAAGGAGGUGACGAGGACGUGGAUGGCGCGGUGGAUCAGCGUUACCUCAAGCCAGGGAACCAAGAUGAGGAGCCUCCGAUCCAACAGACAGGCCAGCCUCAUCCUCACCGAAUCCAACAGGUCCUCCCUCGACCGCUUCGUCCAGAACCAAACCGCUCCCUUCAACAAAACAGCCACCCCCGGCCAGACCGUCUUCGACAAGGCCAUGGCCGAGAUUCGCAGCGGCCGCAAGACGUCCCACUGGGUCUGGUUCGUGUUCCCCCAGCUCGCGGGCCUCGGCGUCUCGGCGCUGAACCGCUACUUUGCCCUCGCGUCCGUCGACGAGGCGCGUCGCUACGCGGCGCACGCUGUGCUCGGGCCCCGUCUGCGCGAGGCUGUGGAUGCUGUUCUGCGCAGCGAGGAGACGGAUAUGGUGAGGUUGUUUGGGGAGACGGAUUGGGUGAAGGUCCGGUCUUGUUUGACUUUGUUCGCGGCGGUGGGGGGGCUGGGGGAGAGUGUUUUUCGGCGGGCUUUGAGGGAGCGGUUUGGUGGUGAGGCGUGUUCGACAACGCUGGAGCUGGUGGAGGAGGAAAGGGCGGGAGUUGAUGGGACGGGGGAUGGGCGGGUUUUCUUUUGA